AUGGAUCCCAACAACAAUCGUUUGCACCUAAACUUCGACAGCAAUAAUCAGAGGCUGCCCAUUGCUGACAGCAGAGCGUAUCCCACGACACCCUCGUCCUUCCCCCAGCCCGUCUAUCCUCCGCAAGGCGGCCAGCAAGCUGCUGGCGCCCACCCACAGCAACAAGGCUACGGCGGUGCUCACGGCCAGUAUCCUCCCCAGGGAUACUUCCACCAGGGCCAGUACCAGCAGCAGUAUAAUGCCCAAUCGCACGAUGAUCCCAACGCUCGAGGCCAGUAUCAGCCGCGAUCCAACACACCGGGCACCAAUGACCCCAACACCGGUUUGGCACACCAGUUCUCGCAUCAGAACCUAGGAGGGGCAGCCCGAAAUGCCGCCUACGCCAGAGGGCCCUCUCCUGCCCAGAGACCUCGAACUGCCGGCGGCUCUUCCCAACCGCAACCUGCCUAUAACAACUAUUCCACCCCCCCCUUGCCCGCACAGAAUGCAGCACCUGUCCCCGAAUUCCAAGCUGCACCGCAGAGAAACCCAGACAAGUACGGGACCAAUGCGAAUAGCAACCAGAAGAAGUGUUAUCAGUUGGCAGAGGGCUUCUUUAUGGACAGUGUAAAACGAGCCAGAGAGCGAAAUCAAAGACAAAGUGAACUGGAACAGAAGUUACGAGACCCAGGCCAGAAUCCUGCUAGGAGGGAGCAGCUAUGGUCCACCGCCGGGCGCAAGGAAGGCCAGUAUCUUCGUUUCUUGCGAACCAAGGAUAAACCCGAGAACUACAACACCGUCAAGAUUAUCGGUAAGGGAGCAUUCGGUGAAGUCAAACUGGUCCAGAAGAAGGGCGACGGAAAGGUCUAUGCCAUGAAGUCUCUCAUCAAGACGGAAAUGUUCAAGAAGGACCAGCUGGCGCACGUGCGUGCCGAGCGUGAUAUUCUUGCAGAGUCCGACAGUCCAUGGGUCGUCAAGCUGUACACCACAUUCCAGGAUUCUUACUUCCUUUACAUGCUCAUGGAGUUCUUGCCUGGUGGAGAUUUGAUGACGAUGCUCAUCAAGUACGAGAUCUUCUCCGAGGAUAUUACCCGAUUUUAUAUUGCUGAGAUUGUUCUCGCUAUUGAUGCUGUGCACAAGCUUGGAUUUAUCCACCGUGAUAUCAAACCCGAUAACAUUCUUCUCGAUCGUGGGGGUCACGUCAAGUUGACCGAUUUUGGUUUAUCCACUGGCUUCCACAAGCUCCACGAUAACAACUACUACCAACAGCUCUUGCAAGGGAAAUCUAACAGACCUCGUGACCGCAACUCUGUUGCGCUUGACCAGAUUAACUUGACUGUCAGCAACCGAUCUCAGAUCAAUGACUGGCGACGCUCCCGCAGGUUGAUGGCAUACUCUACUGUCGGUACCCCUGACUAUAUCGCUCCUGAAAUCUUCACCGGCCACGGUUACACAUACGAUUGCGAUUGGUGGUCUCUUGGAACUAUCAUGUUUGAGUGUCUUGUCGGAUGGCCCCCCUUCUGCGCCGAGGACAGCCAUGAUACUUACCGCAAGAUUGUGAACUGGAGGCAAACUCUGUACUUCCCCGAUGAUAUCACCUUGGGAGUUCAGGCCGAGAAUCUCAUUCGAAGCAUGGUCUGUAAUACAGAAAACCGACUUGGCCGUGGUGGUGCUCAUGAGAUCAAGAGCCACGCUUUCUUCCGCGGUGUAGACUUUGACAGCCUGCGUCGCAUCCGCGCCCCCUUCGAGCCGAGAUUGACCUCGAAUAUUGACACCACCUACUUCCCUACGGAUGAGAUCGACCAGACGGACAAUGCAACGAUAUUGAAGGCGCAGGCUAUCUCACAGGGACGCAGCGCCCCAGAGGAGUCGCCCGAGAUGAGCCUUCCCUUCAUUGGCUACACAUUCAAGCGGUUUGAUAACAACUCGCGGUAA